AUGGCCCUUUGGCGUUGGUCGCUCCUCUGGCAGAGCAAUCGUUACCUGAGCUACCACGUGCUCCUCCUGCUGCGCUUCUACUUGGCCCAGUACCAUUGCCUGGGCCUGAUGCGUCUCCGGUAUGUGGCGGGUAGGAACGAAGUGCGACUGACACCGUAUAGUGUCACGGUAGCCAGGAUGAUCGGCCUGUGUUUUGCCUACUUCUUCACCCUGGCUUUGGGUAAUCCUUAUCGGUUGAUGCUGCACAUGCAGCUCCUGGGCUUUAGCUGCUCGAUAGUGCUGCAGCCCCGGCGAGUCAUCGAGGAGCGAACGCGGCUGGUGAAUGAGUUCCUGCGACUGACGCCGCAGCUCUAUCGUUGCUGCCGGCGGCAGUUGAAGAUGUCCUGGCUGGCGAUCUUCCAGUGGCUGCUCAAGUUUCUCACCUUCAGGAUAUUCUAUAUGGCUUUGCUGAUACCCAAGGAUACAAGUUUCAUGAUCUUCUUGAUGCUACUCUUCGUGGUGCCCGUGUCCCUGGCCAUUUGGGUGAUGGACGUGACCUCGCAUGUGGUCAGCAUUGUACUCUUUCUGCUGCUCAAAUCCUUUCAGGCGUUGGAUGAGGAAAUGGCAGCCGUGGACGAGAAGCUGCCUCUGGAGAUUCUGCGCGGGAAUUUUGGAGAAAUUCGCAGGUUGCAACGUCAUCUGGUUACCCUGCAGAGACUGCACCGAUCGUAUGUGAGGCUCACCCAGGAGGUGAUCAGUUGCCUGGGUCCCCAGCUGGUCCUGAUCCUUCUCUACAACCUGAGCACUAUAUACACCCUGUCCAGCGGCCGUUGGUGGCGUCUCAUUCAGAUCUCGGUUCUGGUUAACAGUGUGCGAUCACUCUUGGUCUCCCUAGAUGAACUUGUGGCUAUGACACGAACCCGGCAGGACACCACGUGGUUCCAUGUGGCCCAACUGCUGCAGUUCGACGAGAUUCUGGCCAAUCACGGUUGGCUGGAGCGUAAGACAUGGAAGUGGAGAUGGCGAUGCCAAGAUCCUGACUCCAAGAUACCUAUCCUUCAGCCGGGACUGCAAAUGCUGGGCCUGGUUAUACCCAAUAGACGCCUCCUGUUCCGCAUUGCCUUUGCCUUUUGCAGUGUCCUGCACUUGCAUUAUAUGUGGAAGAGAUCAGCAUUGGUGGCCGAGAAGGAAGUCAUUAUUGAUUCAGAACUCGUCCCAAGAGGUAGUUUUUAA